AUGGCACGAGAUACGCAAGUAAGAGGUACGGCAAACAACGGGAGUCACAGCGACGAUGUGCAGAUUGUUACAUGGCUUCUAUUCGUCGUUGCUCUUGUCGUCGUCGAAGGUCACUUUGUUGUGAAGUGGAUCCGGGCGCGGAAAGCAAGAGUACGGCGGGUGAACUGGGAUGAUGCUGCGCUUGCGACUGCAUUGGCUCUCGCAUUAGGCCAGACGAUAGCAGUGUCGGUGCAAGCGAACAGUGCUCUGGGUAGACAUAUUUCUAUCUUGAGUACGCACCAGGUCAAUACGUUUCAAGCAGCCCAAUAUGCGGCUACGAUGCUUUAUAUCCUAUCCAUUGGAACGACAAGGAUCUCUAUGUGGCUCUUCGUGUGGCAAAGCGUGCAAGAGAAACGCCAGAAAUGGAUCGCCAUUGGCAUGGGGGCAUUGUGCCUACUCUGGACUCUAACAGGAUUCAUUGCCGCUGCAGCCUCCUGCGAUGAACCAAAUCCGUGGACGUUCCUAGGGAACCAAUGCUAUGACCGACUAGCAUUCGCACGCUACGUUGCCUCCUCGAACAUCGUGCUCGAAUUAUCUUCCAUCGCCAUCCCAAUCCUCCUCCUCAAAAGUCGAGCAAAAAAAUGCUGGACCACCCUCGCUUUUUGCUCCCGCUUCCUCCUCAUCGUAACCUUCAUCCCCCAAAUAUACUACAGUAACACCCUCUCCACCACCGCCUCCACCUCAAAUGACUUCACCUUCCAGGCCUGGUCCCUAACCACCUGCACCCAGCUCGCGCAAUCCCUCGCCCUCCUCACCACCUGCCUCCCCUCCUCCCUCUGUCACAUCCUCCCUGCCAAGCCCGGCCCUAUCAUCCGCCACCUUCAAUGGGACCAGGACCACACCCACCCCGCCCCUUUCGCAACCCCCGGAUUCCCCCCACCCCUAUACCCAACCCGCCCAGCGCUUGUCAGAACAAAGGCGAGCUCCGGCUACGUCGCGCCCCUCGCAACGUACCACUUCACCGGCAAGCGAAACGACUGGGACGAGGAGCUUUCCCUCUCCUCCUCCAACACCUCGAAAUCCGCCUCCCCCCUCCGCGCCUCGCAUGACGAGAUAUACCGCCGCGAGAGCGACGUCGAAAACGUGUUUGAGCGGCGCUGGAACGUACCCGACAUCGCCGUCUGCGCGCCGCGCGACCCGCCGCCGACGAGAAUGCAGGAGAUUGGGGUGCUGCCGGAGUGCGAGAUGUGGGGAAGCGAGACGGAUAGCGAGCAAGGGAGUGGCGGGGAGCGGGCGGAGUUGGAGCUGCAGCGGUGUCGGGCGAGGGGGAGUGGGGUGAGUUAUGUGUUUAAGCGGGAUAAGGUGAUUAGUUUGCCGCCGGUGAGCACGCCGAGUUGGGAGGAGGGGUGGCAGGAGGGGUUUAGUUUCGGGUGAUGAGAAAGGUGUUUGGGGUGAAGGUUUAGCGUUUGGGAGACUUUUUGGGAUGGGUUGGGUUUGUAGGUAUGGAAAAAUACUUCUGGGUCCUGUCUGUGCUAGAUAUAUCCCGUGAUAUUAAGAGAUGGAGUUAGCGAUUAUUUGACUGCAAGGUGUUGCUUGAGUCGUUACGCAGCCGCUCAGCCACUAGGUCUCUCGGUUUCCAAAACUCGAAGCGAUGGUGGGUUCGACUACGGAGUCCGUGAAAGAGUGGAACAUGAACUUUGGUGUUAUGACAUUGAGACGGUAUUCCACCUAGCUAGCAAACCAGAACACUCAGGUUGAGGCACCGAUUGGGGUCU